GUGUUCUCUUCAUGAGCAUCUUUCGUACGCUUUCAUCACAUUGCUUCAGAUGUUGACGGCAACCAGGGGUAGGCUCAGAUCGAGCGGGUUGAACGACACUCCCGUCCUACUACUCCUACCAUCUAUAAACAGCAUCCGGUUAUAUUAUGCUAGAUGUGUUGGUGCAGCAGCUCGAACAUUGGCAGGUGAAGAUCCUUCUCGAAGGACAGACCAAGUGUCAAUCGCUUUACAUAUCUACUGCAAAGCUUUGCGGUCACGGCAGCUUCGGAAAAACCGAGAUAUACUGCCAAGUCAAGCAAGGCUCCACUGGUCGGCCGUCUUCGACCCUAUAGAUAUCGACUGGAUGAUCCGGUUGGCGCCUAGCCCAUUGAGGCUUAUUCGGACAUGCUCAUACGGUUCACGCCCUGAGGCUAAUUUCGUCGACGACAUCGUCGAAAUUGCUCCUGUUAAUUUAACCUCAAUAAUGGAAGUCUACCUAGUGUGCCGUACUUGUCGGGACACACUAUGUAUGAUUGUGACUAUCCUCUGUGGUGGAGCCUUCAUAGAGUUGCAGGAACAUCUGCGAAUUUCCGACUCUUUCGGGAAUUCCACGAAUCUGAAUGCCGGUCAAGCAUUGUUUUCUUGCUAAAUCCGGUGCUUUCUAUCACUCUCCCAUCUGAUUUGCUUCGGAUGCGGCAGAAAUGAUCAUCCAUCCGCAGAGUCACAAGCAUAGCGGGCUGUAAUAUCGUGCUAUGGACGAUUGCCAGAAUGUUCACUUAUGUCACUCUGGUAACUGCCUUAAAACUUAGAAAAACGCUGGGUGGUCACAUUCUACCCAUACGAUGGGUCGGGCUGUUUGCCUUUUUAAAACAUCGAUAUCGAGGAGCUCAUUGCACCUGAUCUAUACCACGCAUCAGCCCCUGUCCUGAAAACGAGCAGAAGUCCCGCGUCAGAUUCUGCAG